AUGAACACAGUCAGGCUCGGACUGGACACCAACGCGGUAUGGGUGGACGCGGUAUCCUGUCAAAAAUACUUUGAGGAUGGCAAGGAGGGGCCUACUCCCGUCAAGCCCGUCCUGCUCGACCUGUUCGAGCGCCACUUUGUCACCCUCGGCGCCGGGGUGGUGCCCUGCCUGCCCGGCCUCGUCCUCGCCCUCCUCACCGCGAUGGAGGACGUCGGCUCCGAGUACCACGCCCGCGCCGUGCGGCAGCUCGACCAGCUCGCCCGCGACGCCCCCAUCGGCGCCUUCAUGUCAGCCGUCUGGGGCUGCCUGCUGCGCAACGCCUCGGUGCGGCUGCAGGCGCUUCACUACCUCGCGAUGCGCUUCCCCGUCGGCGCCGCGCCGGCCGCAGGCGACGACGGCGGGCGCCUCUCCGUCUCGCGGGCCGCCUUCUGCCCCGACUCGCACGGCGGCGUGCUGCGCUCGCUGGUGGUCGCGCUGCAGCAAGGCGACACGCUGCUCUUCUCGCACGGCGACUACACGACGCUGCUGCGCGUCGCGCUCACGCUGCUGCCGCUGCGGGAGUGGGCCCUCUCGCGCCGCGUCUUCCUCUGGCUGUUUGGCGCUCCGACGCAGCACGCGACGGGCUCGCACCUGCCGCUGCCGCCGCCGGCGGUGCCGCUUCUUCUUGGCGCAGCGAGGCAGCUCUUCACCUGCGAGGCGCCGCCGCUGCCCGCGGCGGCUGCGGCGGCGACGGACGACCACGACGACCCCCUCGCGCCGCGGGCCGAGGCGCUUCCAGUCUCCGCCUCCCCCUUCCGCACACUCGCCCACGCGCUGGACGAGCCCGCCCUCGCCGACGCCAUCGCGGCCGACGACGCGCUCCUCCUCACGGCGCUGGCGGCGGCGGCGCGCUGCGGCGAGGAGGAGGAGGGGCGGGACGAGGCUGGCGGACUCAGCACGUAG